UCCUUCCGACUGUAGGAGGACCGACGUCAGUGUUUGUGCCAGUCCGGGGAAGAUGGCGGAGGCUGCGGCGGUUCCACAGCAUCGCUUCUUCUGUCACUGCUGUAAAGGCGAGGUGAACCCCAAGCUGCCGGAGUAUAUAUGUCCCAGAUGUGAGUCGGGCUUCAUAGAGGAAGUGACCGAAGACUCCAGUCUCCUGGAGGGCGGCGCUAACGGGAUCACCGAUGACACAGCUACACAGUUUGCAGAGUUAUGGCACCUGCUCUUCGUGGAGCGGCCAUUCACGGUGGAUUCCAGCUCCUCUGACUCUGAUUCCCGGGGCCCCGGCAUGAUGGGAGGGGGCUCUCUUGGUGGCUCAGGGUUUGGGGGGCUUCUGGGGCCCCCGCUUGGAGGUGGCGAUCACUGGGGGCCCGGCCGCCCCUCUCGCCUGCACAGUCAGCGGAGGUACCGGUCCCGGGGCAGCAGUCGACCAGACCGCUCGCCUGCCGUGGAAGGAAUAGUACAGCAGUUUCUGGCUGGACUCUUUGCUAACUCUGGAGCCCCAGGCACCACCCCUCUGUCAUGGACGGGCAUGCUGCACUCGAACCCGGGGGACUAUGCGUGGGGGCAGGGCGGGCUGGAUGCCGUCAUCACACAGUUGCUGGGUCAGUUUGAGAACACCGGCCCCCCACCCGCAGAGAAAGAGAAGAUCAGCUCCCUCCCCACAGUCGUCAUCUCUCAGGAACAAGCAGACUCCAACAUGGAGUGCCCCGUCUGUAAGGAGGACUAUGCCGCCGGUGAACCCGUGCGCCAGCUCCCCUGUAACCACUUCUUCCACAGCGACUGCAUAGUUCCGUGGCUGGAGCUGCACGACACGUGUCCGGUGUGCCGGAAGAGCCUGAACGGCGAGGACAGCAGCGCCCAGGCCUCCCCAGAGCCGUCGGCCCUCAGCAGCGACCCGCGCACACAAGAGAGAUGGUCUUUCUGAGAGAUGCUUCCCACCUCCUUUGGCCCCCCGCCCUCACACACGUGCAGGGAGCUGCUUUUUGUCAUAAUCUCCCCACCACAACGACAACUCCUAGACCUCUUUUUUUUUUUUUUUUCCUUCUCCAUCUGUCCUACCCUCUCUUUCCCUGUCCCCCUUUCUCUCAUCCCUUCUCUCUCUGUCCUGUUUGCGGCACCUAUGAGAGUUAUUUUUUCCUGUCGCCCCCCCCCCCUUUUUUUUUUUUCUUUUUUUUUUUAAACUCUGGCCCACUGACAAAGUGAUUGUCCCCGUGACGCCCCCUGCAGUCUACCACUGACCUUGUUGGGCUGUACUCCACCUGCUUAUGUAGGGUGCUGUUGCUGUUCCAGCCCAUGAGAUCACCAAUAGCAAUAAAACUGCCCCCACAUAACCAGGACUGGUUACUUGACCAGCAUCCUCCCCCAACACAACACAAACACACACACAGUAAGUGCAACUCCCACAGAACCAUGUUUUUCAAAUCCGGUUGGGCUGCGCUCCUCUAUCCUACCUCUUCGCCUCCUCUUUCCAUCGUUACUCUGGUCUUACAAGAAGCACGUGUCUCCCCCCCCUCCCCAUCUGUCUGCAUUCCCCCGUCAUUCUCUUGCCUAUGUGUAUAUAGUACAACAACAAAUCUCUAGACGUUUAUUUCCCCUCGGUUGACGAAUUUGUCUUUCGUUCUCAUUUCUAUCACUCUAUUUUUUUAAUGUAAAUACUUUUAGUCCAACAAGUUCUGAUUAAAAAAAAAAAAAAAAAAGAUAAAGCAUAUUGAUAAUAAAAGAUGGUGGAUCUCUAAA